GUGACUUGAGGUUGUCACAUGACCUGGUCCUUGCAGACUAUACUACCCUGUUAGUGCUGGCUGACAGCAGGAAGGAGUUCCGUGUGCUGCACUGAAAUACUUCCCCCCAAGGUGAGAGGGGAUCUUUACAAAAUGCUACAAAAGUUCUGGCUAUGGUAUAAAAAUAACAGCACGCUGCGGUAUGGAGUGCCCAUGCUGGUGCUGGUCGUAGGUGGUUCUUUUGGACUCCGUGAAUUUACUCAAAUACGUUAUGAUGUUCAAAAGUUAAAAAACACAGUGGACCCCUCUGUAGCAAGCGUGAUCAAAAAUAAAGAAAGAGAAGUCAGCCUGGAAUCUGAGUACGAGAGAAUGAAGGACAAGUCGUUUGAAGACUGGAAAAACAUCCGAGGGCCUCGUCCAUGGGAGGACUCUAAAUCAUACCAAGACCACCAAAGGACGAGCACUGCCAAAGAGACAUAAAAUGGAUUUCAAAAGGGGGAGGGGGAUAUCAUAAAGGACAGCAACCAUAAAUAUAUAUUUAUUCUCAUAAUUUCACAUUCUGUUCAUGUCAUGUUUUCUGGUAUCCCACUCCCCAUAGACGUAUUCCAGCUCUUCACCGGGAGGACCUUGAUGAAGCGCGGACCCUAACUGUGAUUUUGUGAUUGUUUUCAGAGACCUGCUUCUGGUUAAUAUUAAAUAUUUUUUAUGCAAUCCUGCACUUCAAGUAGCUUUUUCAGAUUUCGGAUCAUGAUUGCUGCAGACAGAAUAUUAAAUCUUCCACACAGGACCAGUCAUAUAAAUUGAUUUCUCUACAGAACAGUAGACACUGCAGAACUGGAGCCAGUUAGGGGAAAGAUGAAAGCUGCUUUCUAUGUGAAAUAAAGCAUUUAAUCUGCUAUGAG